AUGCCAAUGUAUCCAGCAACAAUUCAAUUGCUGCAACUUGAUCUGCUAAUUGGAGUAAUUAUCGGUUGUAUUGCUAUUAUUCAAUUAACUGCUUACUGUAACUUCCUAUUUUUCUAUAUAUACCCUUUAUAUCCAAUAUUAGGCUUGAUACAAUCUAGAUCAAUUGCACACACUAGUGGUAUGUUUUAUAGACUGAUAAACUUUUGCGACAGCAAUAUCAUAAAUAUCAUUUGCUUACGUAACAAUGCGACAUUCCAUUAUCUAUCUCCUCCUCAGCAUACUCCAUUUGUCGAACAAAAAUUGUCCCAUACAAUGCCGUGCUCCUGGACCAUUAGCGAAAGGGGACCUUAA